AGCAUGCGCCUCACUGUUCUCCGUCACGUUGUCAAUAAAGUUGGGAGGGGGAGUGAAAAAACUCCGCCAUCCCGGAAGUGAUGUCAUAGGAUGGCCGUGCUGUGUGUGCAGCCGCAGACAGAGGGCUAGCGCGCAGGGCAGCAGGAAGCGAGGGGCAUCUCCCUGGCGCCAUGCAGUCCUUUCGGGAACAGAGCAGUUACCAUGGUAACCAACAGAGCUAUCCCCCGGAAGCCCAUGGAACAUCCAGGUUGGAAGAAUAUAGCCCACGGCAGCAAGCUCAGAUGUUUCAGGGCAGCUAUGGAGGUCGUCGAGGAGGGUCAAGUGCACCCGCAGCAAUGCCUUCAGGUGAAGGUCCUGGUCUGCAAAAUUACUCAGCUUACCGCAAAGAAUCAAGUGAUUUCUACUACCUUGGGAACAAAGAGGGGACUUCUUCUGGAAGCCAGACCCCACAGCGUCGGCCAUCUGGCCCUGUACAAAGUUAUGGGCCUCCACAAGGGAAUAGCAGCAGUGCAAACACCCCAGGUUUUGGCACACACUAUAGCAGAGAAGGACAUCAUGGACAGUUUGCAGGUCAACAUUCUGCUGCAGCCAACCUGUCCCAGUACUCACAGGAUUUCCCAGGCUCCUAUUCCCCCAGCGGGAGCCAAUAUCCAUCUCAUAUGCCUGGCCAGCAGUUGAGGCAACAGCUCUAUCAAUCACACCAACCCCUUUCGCAGGCCAGCAAUUCUCCAGCAUCUACCGGCACAUCACACCUGCAGCAAAUGCAACGUUCUACUCCACUUGGCUCACCUGCUGGAUACCCACUGCGUGUGGGACAGUACGGGCAACACUACCAGCCUCCUGCAGGCUCUUCCUCUAGUUCUUUUCCAGCUUCUCAACGGUUUGGACAGUCUGGGACAAACUAUGAGAGUUAUAGUCCUGGAAGUACCAGCUCUCCAUAUGAGAGUCAUAUGCCUGGAUCAUCCUAUGGGACCCAAGGAUACAGUGGCUACACUAGUCAGCACUUGAAAAGCUUUGAGACCUCUAAGUUACCUCAAAGUGGUGGACAGGGACAGCAGCAGCCACAGCAGCAGCAACAACAGCCGCAACCGCAGCCUUCUCAUGUGAUGCAGUAUUCUAACUCUUCUAAACUCCCUUUACAAAGCCAGACUGGGCAGUACAGCCAAGCUGAGGUUCCUGUACGCUCCCCAAUGCAGUUUCAGCAGAAUUUUAGCCCUAUUUCUAACCCAUCUCCAGCAGCUUCUGUUGUACAGUCUCCAACCUGCAGCUCCACUCCAUCACCUCUGAUGACAAGUGGUGAAAACCUCCAGUGUGGACAAGGUAAUGUCUCUCUUUCAUCCAGAAACCGGAUCUUACAAAUGAUGCCACAGUUAAGCCCUAACACCCAUGCUGGAAGCUUCAAGGGUUUUGGAGUAGAAGGUCCCCCUGAGAAACGCCUUACUGAUCCUGGUCUUAGUAGCCUUAGUGCUUUGAGUAGCCAGGUGGCUAACCUUCCCAAUACAGUGCAACAUAUGUUACUUUCCGAUGCUCUGACACCUCACAAAAAAAGUGGAAAGCGAACAUCAAGGAAGACUGACAGUUGUGCCAACUCGGAGACCUCUUCUCAGGCUGAAGAGCAGCUCAAGUCACCAAUGGCAGAGUCCUUGGAUGGCAGCUGCUCUAGCAGUUCAGCUGACCCUGGAGAGAGGGUGAGGCAACUCAGUGGGCAGAGCACAAGCUCAGAAGCCGGAUAUAAAGGGCCUUCCUCUGAAAAACCAGCUUCCCCACCAGCCCAAGAAUGGCAGAUAGAACCUCCUGCAAAAACCCCAGUGGAAGAAGUUGAGACUGCACCAGAGCCUACAGAGACAUUUCAGGAUUUGCCCAAGGCAAGUGAGAAAUCUGUUGGAGUUAUCGUUUCAAUGGAGACAGUGACAAACAGAGCAGAGAAGGCAGUGGAUGAGGUUCCUCCACCAACCUCUGAGAAUGAUGCAGAGACAACAUCACGUGAUGAGGUAGUUGAAACUGCUAAAGAUGAAGAAAUCCCUGAGGAUUGUACUACCAGUCAGAAUGGAGAACCUAGCACCACAGAUUCUCAGUCACUAUCUACAGCAACAAAUACUACGCCACGUGCAGAGACUCCAAAAUCUCCAGUGGGUCCUGGUUUUAGCUUCAAGGAAGGGUCAUCAAGUUUCCGAAAUGCUAGCAGCUUGCCCCAACUUUCCAAACAUACAGAAACUGGGGUUUUUGCAGGACAGACUGAUAGAAAACCCAGUUCUAGUAGGAGUGAGAAGUUUCCAAGCCUUUUACAAGAGGUCCUACAAGGACACCAUCAGCAAGAAAGGAGAUAUGCUAGAAGCACUCAGGAGCCUCCAGUAGUGACUGUAAGCUCUGAACAGUCAUUGAGGCCCAAUGUUCUCAUGAGUCAAGCCAAUGAACUACCUAAUCGCAGUAUUCUUGGAAAGACACUUGCACCUCACUUGGAAACACCACACUGGGGGCCUUGGGAUAGGAAGUCUGCUCCUGAAGUUAAACAAAUAAACCUUGCAGAUUAUCCAGUAACUAGAAAGUUUGAAGUAGAACCACCAGCAUCCUGCCAUGAACCUAGUGGUGGUCCUUCUGAAAGGAGAUCUGUAAUAUGUGACAUUUCACCACUGAGACAGCUUGUUCGUGAUCCUUCUAGCUCUCAUCAUAUUAGCUCUGGGCAAGAAAGAUCUUCUGAUAGCAGGCCUGGUCAAUCUGUAAUCCUACCCAGUGUCAUGAUGUCUUUAGACACAAAGACCAAUCAAAGUGGAACACCUAAAGUAGAAGACCUUGAACUUCAAAAAAUGCACAGAAAACGAGCUGGUGAUCACUGCAUGCCAUAUAGCACAAAGGAACUAUCUAGAAGCAACACCAGCCCAAGAUCCAUGACUUAUGACCUCAACCAAGACUAUAGUUCACAUAACAGCCGUGCACCACACCCAAGAAGGGGGACUGGUAGGGUGGGGUCCCGAGGAAGAUCACCUUCUCAGUCACAGGAUCUUAGUGAUAAGUUGAAGAUGUCUCCAGGAAGAAGUAGAGGUCCAACAGACACUCAUCAUAUAAAUCCUGUGAUGAAUCUUUCAGAUCGAGCAAGCCGGGAAGCUAUCUACUCUGCCUUUUUCCAGAAUACUGAUAAUUCUUCUCUGGCUUUUCAUACAAACUCCAGGUCAAGUUCUUAUGGGGAGCCACAUCCUGCAUACACUUCUCCUUUACAUUUCAAGAGACAGAUAUAUCAGCAGGAUGAAUACAAAGAGUGGUUGGGAACUUCAGCCCAAGCUAUACUUUCAGCUUCACAACAUCGUCAGGAAAUUUCACGCAAAAGCCCAAGACAGGAUCAGUUCCAUGUUCGUAGUCCAGGAAGGAGUGAGAAUGAAGGUCUAGGAUAUAGCCAUUCAGGGCAGUACCAUGAAUCUAGCAACUUAGAUUUUAGUCGCCAGUUGCGUGUUGGUGAGGGUGGUCCUACCAACCUAACAACAUUGGAGCUAAAACGAAACCAGAAGACUCCCCCAGGGGAACCAACUAGUUGGAACUUGGGCCGUCAGACAUCUCCUGUGAAAAAGAUUGGAUCUCCUGUGGGGGCUACUCAGAAACCAUUUAGUCCCAUUAGUCAAACAGAUACACAUAUCCCUAGACCCGGAGAAUCUGCUGACUUGCCAAAAGCUGGUUGUAAUGCCCACCGACCACCCGGCCCUGAUGAACAGUCUCAUCACAAUCCUCUAAUUAUGAGGAGGAGAGUCAGGUCUUUUAUUUCCCCCAUUCCUAGUAAGAGACAGACACCUGAUGACAAGGGUCGCCCCUCCAUUCCUCUACCAAAAGACGGGUUUGAGAAAAUGUCUGGAUCCCACGUGUUAUCCCCAAGGGGUAAAGACACCGAAUGCUCCCCACUAUCAGAAGAUCUCUCUAAAGGUGGACCUCAACCACAGAGCCCACCAGCUGUGUCUCUUUCUAGUCCCACCAAGACUAAAAUCCUUCCUCCCCGCAAGGGAAGGGGCUUGAAACUGGAAGCCAUAGUGCAAAAAAUCACAUCACCUAAUGUCAGACGAAGUUCAGCACCAAACAGUGCAGAGAAUGCAGGUGAAGCUGUAACGCUUGAUGAUAUUCUAUCCCUAAAGAAUCAGGGAUCAGAAGGUGUGAAUGAAUCCUUGCAAGAUACUGCAGAAAGACCAAGUGAUUCAAUAAUGGAUAUUGCCAGCACUGAAGAGGCAAAAGUAAAGAGCCUUUCUCCAAAAUCUCUAGAUCUCUGGAAUACCCGUGAUGAGAAAAAGAUAAAAAAGGAAAAUGAUGAGCAGUUCAUGGACCCCAAUGAUCAUUUGUCUUCUGGAAUGCCAGCACAGCAGCCAUCCAACCAUUACAUGGAAGGAAGGGGACCAUCUCCAAUCCUGGAACCAAAAUGUUCUUUGCCCCAGGUUCAACCACAUGAGGCUGUGGAUAAAGAAAAGCUUGCCUCCACCCCUUGUCCUGUUCUACCCAAAACAGAAAUUAUACCCCCAAAAGGUUACUUUCCCUCUGGGAAAAAGAAAGGACGCCCUAUUGGCAGUGUCAACAAACAGAAAAAGCAGCAGCAGAAGCUACAACAGCAGCAGCAGCUUCAACAGCAGCAACAGCUACAACAGCAGCAGUUGCUGCUACAACUACAGCAACAACCACAAGACCAUCAGCAAUUGCUGCCUCCUACAGCACAGUCUUUUCCAUUAACACCUAUCAUGCAACAGCAACCAACAGUGGAGCAAGGCUCAGAGGCAGAGCCAAAGCCAAAAAGGAUGAGGAGAGAGAGGAGGAAGCCUGCUGGAACACCAAGGAGAAGAAGAGGAAAGCAGGCAGCUCCCAUUGUGGCACCUAUAGAGCCUGAGAUCAAACUGAAGUAUGCCAGUCAAACCAUAGACAAGACAGAGAACAAAGCAAAAUCCUUUUUCCCUUAUAUCCAUGUAGAAAACCGAGAAGACUUAGGCUUGUCCUGUAUUCUCAUCAAUGCUGAAGAAGAAGAGCAGCGUUGGAAGAAGCUCAACUCUGCAAGGAAAGGUCAGAGGUCCUCGUCCCCACAACCUAGCACAGACACAAAAGCAUUGCCAUCAUCUAGUUUUAUGGUUCAAGGACCAGCUGUAACUGAAUCUGCAACAAUUGGCCCUCUUGUCUGCUCUCUUUGUGGUAAGUGGGCUAAUUACCGAAAUCUUGGAGAUCUUUUUGGACCUUUCUAUACCCAAGAAUAUGCUUCAACCCUUUCUAAGAAUCCCCCUCCCAAAAAGGUAUCCGAAACCCCACAAAAGGUGAAGGUUAGACACAAAGAUGCAUCUGAUGGCUCAAAGUCUGACUCUGAUGAAGAGGAAGAGGAGGAGCAAGAGGAAGCUCGAGAGCAGCGCAGCUUGUCUGCACAUCCCCGUUACAAGCGCCGGAACCGCUCAGGGGAAUGUGUUUCCUCCAGGCAUGCUGUACCUUCCCGUAGGAAGACAACUGACCAUUGUGAACUGACCCCUGUGGACUCUAGUGGGCCAUCAACUGCCACUGCAGAUAUUGGCCCUGAGCAAGGGUUUCCAAUCCCCCAACUACCUCUCGACAGCAAUGAAUUCUGGAUGCAUGAGGGGUGUGUCCUUUGGGCCAAUGGUGUCUACUUUGUCUCUGGACGUCUGUACGGGCUGCAAGAGGCUGUUGAUAUCGCCCGAGAAAUGAAAUGUUCUCACUGCCAGGAGACUGGAGCCACCUUGGGCUGCUACAACAAGGGCUGUGCCUGCUGCUAUCACUACCCAUGUGCCAUGGACUCAGAAUGUUUACUAAACGAGGAAAAUUUCUCUGUACGCUGCCCCAAGCACAAGACCAAGACUAUAAAGGGUUUGUCUGCAGAGCAGCCCGAGCAGGGCUGAGGGGGCUUAUGUCCUAGAGGUGGAAAUAAAGUUCAAGCACAGGUGAGUAGUGGGCGUGUCAUGCA